AUGACCUUCCCUCCCCCUCACCCUACCGCCCAAUCGUCGAUUGCUUCUGGCACCGAUAAAUCUUCUUCGACCAGGGCCGAUAUUGGUGCUUGGGGUCGGUCUGUGUCGCAGUCCGGCGCACGUCGCCCGGGGGCCUCUACAUCGUCCUCCUUCUCGGCCGUUCUGAGCUCUGCUCGCGGUCUUUCCGGCGGUAGUCCGAAACCCACAUCUUCGCCAUUCACCUCAUUGCAAUCUGGCUCGCAACAGCACGCAUCCACUCUCUCAUCUCCCAAAUUUAGAGCUCACACCCCUUCCAUAGGGUCCCAUUUGGCAUCCGCCGCAGGCUCCGCUUCAGGUGGAGGAGGUAUUGGGGGAGGUGGUGGUGGGCCGGGAUCAUCCAGAGGCGUCUUCUCGCCUCUUUCGUCCGGAACAACCGUGAAUUCUCCCACAGGUUUCGCAUCCGACAAGUCGGGCUCUACAGCUGCCCAUUCGAGCCAAUCGUCGCUCACCAAAAUCUCCAUCGCACAAGUGUUCCUCUUGCUGGAUUCUAUCACUGAGAAAGAGGGCAAAGAAAAGUGGGAAACAAAGGCUGCUCAGAUACAUAAGCUUGUGACAUCCAACGGUAUGGAGGUCUUUUCCAAGUACUUUCGUCGUCUUUUGACGGGCAACGCACCGCAAAUCUUCCCGGGCGUGAACAAGUCUGUUGAAAAUGCAGGCAAUUAUCCUCUCCUCAUCCAGGAGCUACAAAAAGUGGCAAUCGAUAUGGAACAGUCUCAGAAAAUCGCCGAAACAGUUGAUACCUCUGAGGGAGAUAUCUUCCGCGACUUUGACCUUUCCACCUUCCUGGAUCACUUCCGGCUCGAUCCUCUCAUGAAAGUGUCGCUUGCUCUAGCAUUUAAGCUCACAAGCAAGUCUGACCUUCGCGCCAAAGCCGAUGCCAUUCUCUCCAACUCUGUUGCACCUUUCCUCCAAAGCCUGGCCAGUCCAACCGAAAUCACCAAGGACUACCAUAAUACCUUCCUGGGAAUGACCAUCGAACGAUUCAUCCUUUACCCUCCCCGCAAUUUCACCGACGACGUCAAGGCAAAGCUUGUAUACGCAGCGAAUCUGCGUUACCAAAAGCUUGGUUUGGAUAUGCCAUUCGAAGUCUCCUCCGCCCUACAGAUGUUCAAUUUUGUCAACCCUCAAUACGGUCUUGUACGACAACUCCAUUCGAAGGGAGCCCGCGCGACCGCAAACACCGAAACAAUAAGCGAGUUGAUCAAUGUGGAUCCAAAGUAUUGGAGUGAGGAGCACCUCGCCAGCGGUCUUCUGUUCAUGGUACUGUCGCAAUAUUGGGAACAAUUCUCGAUGGAGACCUUCUUGGCUGCGUAUGCCGAUAAACCAAUUAAUUGGUCGCUGGUUUUCCGGCACUUCGAUCGCGAGGGCCUUCGAGUGGACCCAAAACAAUUCGCCAAGCUGUACAGUGUUCUCUCUGCCUUGUCGUCCGAAGGGCCGUCUCUGGAUGUCCAGAAGCUUUGGGGCGGUGACUGGGAACAUCGGGAUACGCAGAUGUCUUUCUUGACAGCGUUUGUGGCUUCUCGUAUCGACGCAUCUCAAAUUCCCAACCUCCGCGCAACAUUCCCUGCCGACUUUUUCCAGGAUGCACCUGAUAUUGUGAAAUUGCAGGGUGAACGUGCAGCAAAGUCCCCUCUACGGUCCAUGGAUGCUAUGAAAGCCAUCUUUGACCUUGCCUUGUUCUCUCAAGCUUCAUGGGCUGCCACUGAAAGCCAGCUUCUUAUCAAGGCUGUUGUUCAAUUCGAUCUUCCAGUGUUCCUGUGCUCUGCCCUGGCCAUUCCCCAGCCAUGGUCUAGUGUUCAGCAGAGCUUUGUGCUGCGAACAUUCAUUGUGUUCAUCUCGAAGCAAGAAGACGGAUACCAACUUGCUCUUCAUGGAGCCUGGCGACAAGAUCGACAGUGGGUUGCAGAGCAGCUCUUCACCACAUUCACACAGGACCCCACCUCCACUGCUGUGAUUUACGAGCAUGCCGCUGCAUACGGCUGGCUUGAGUAUCUCCUUGGAUUCACCAACGGACUUGCUCUCGAUCUUGCAUGCUACUCUCAUCGCAAGGGCCAGUUUGACCUCGAGCAGUGGGUUCGAAAUGCUGCUCAGAAGGGCGCUAUUGACAUGGGAAGUCUGCUUUCCAAGUUCCUCAGGAUCAAGGCCGAGGAUGAACUACACGUUCAGAGAAAGGAGCAGUCUGCCCAUCAAAUGGUGAGCCUUGCAGUGAAGACUGUCUAUACCCUGUUGUCUGUUCUUGAGGAAUAUGUUGGCGAUCGCGAGAAUCUCACUCCCGUUCAACGCAUCUGCAUCCAGACUUACCCCCGUCUCAUCAACUAUGGUGAAGGCUUUGAUGAUAUUAUCGACAUCAACGGCGAGAGCGGUAACACUUUGCCUGAUUCCAUUGACAAGCAAAUGCAAGAGCUAUUCGGCAAGAUGUAUCACGAGGAACUCUCACUUCGAGAGAUGUUGGAGUUGAUGCGCAAGUACAAGUCCUCACGCGACCCUACGGAGCAAGAUCUCUUCGCCUGCAUGGUGCACGGCCUAAUUGACGAGUAUCAUUGCUACCAUGAGUACCCGCUCGAGGCCUUGACCAAGACCGCAGUCAUGUUCGGCGGAAUUAUCAACUUCCGUCUUGUUGACGGCAUUACACUGAAGGUCGGUCUCGGUAUGAUCCUCGAGGCUGUCCGUGAACACGAGCCCCAUGACCCAAUGUAUAAGUUCGGUGUCGAAGCCAUUGAACAAUUAAUCAACCGUCUCUCAGAGUGGGCUGGCUUCUGCCACCUACUCUUCCAAAUCCCUUCCCUGCAAGGCACACCUAUCUACCAGAAGGCAGAGGAAGUGCUCCGCGAGCAAGGAAACCAAGUUGGUGAAGCCGAGGCUGGGCCUUUCGAUGGAAUGACUGCCGCACCACUCACCAACGGAAACACCGUGGACUCUCCAGUCACCGAUGGCUCUGUGCGCAAGUUCCGUGCCGUUCAUCUCGACCCUCCCCUCCGAUCUGAGAUUUACGAAGACCCGGAUGAAGAUAUCCAGGAUAAGAUUCUUUUCGUACUGAACAAUGUUUCGGAGCAGAACAUUGACGAGAAACUCGAAGAUUUGCGCGAGGUGUUGCGUGACCAACACCACCAGUGGUUCGCGGCUUACUUGGUAGAGGAGCGUGCCAAGCUGCAGCCCAACUUCCAGCAGCUUUACCUUGAUCUUCUGGGUCGCAUUGAUGACAAGAUUCUAUGGGCCGAGGUUUUGCGGGAGACAUACGUCAGCGUUGCCAAGAUCAUCAACUCGGAAAGCACAUUAAGUUCAUCCACUGAUCGUGGUCAUCUUAAGAACCUUGGUGCUUGGCUUGGCUCAUUGACCAUUGCAAAGGAUAAGCCCAUCAAGCACAAGAACAUCUACUUCAAGGGCCUACUUCUCGAGGGCUAUGACACCCAGCGCCUCAUGGUCACCAUCCCCUUCACCUGCAAAGUUCUUGUGCAAGCCACCAAGUCUACGGUGUUCAAGCCUCCUAACCCCUGGUUGAUGGAUAUUUUGUGCCUUCUCUUGGAACUGUACCAUUUCGCCGAGUUGAAGCUGAAUCUUAAGUUCGAAAUCGAGGUCCUUUGCAAGGACCUUGAUCUUGAUCACAAGACCAUCGAGCCGGCCAUCGUCAUUCGUGACCGUGCUGCUCAUGUCGAAGAUCCAAUGCCUGCUGCCAAUCCCCCAGAGGGACUUGUUGAACCAUUCGAGGAUCUCGCUCUCAACCCUAUCAACCAGGGUAUCCGCAACGAGCGACUUUCUCCUGCUGCUAUCAUGUCAACUCUGCCCAGUCUUGACAAGAUCCUUGUACUACCUUCUUCAGCGAGUAGCAUGGUUGACCCAACCAUCCUCAAGCAAAUCGUUCACACUGCAGUGGAACGGGCUAUUGCUGAGAUUAUCACCCCCGUGGUUGAGCGUUCCGUCACAAUUGCCUCAAUCUCCACCGUCCAGCUUGUCUCCAAGGACUUUGCCAUGGAGCCCGACGAGGAACGUGUGCGCCAUGCUGCGGGCAUCAUGGUCCGCCAGCUCGCCGGUAGCCUGGCACUGGUCACCUGCAAAGAGCCUCUUAAGGUUAGCAUGACCAACUACAUCAGAAUGAUCCAGCAAGACUACUCCGAGCAGCCAAUGCCCGAAGGUUUGAUUCUGAUGUGUGUCAACGACAAUCUCGAUGCCGCCUGUGGUAUUGUUGAAAAGGCCGCAGAGGAGAAGUCUCUUCCAGAGAUUGAGAAGGUUAUUGAGCCCCAGCUGGAGGCUCGUCGCCGUCAUCAAGCCAGUCGUUCGACUGACCCCUUCAUUGAUCCUUCAAUGAACCGCUGGGGACUGUUCAUUCCAGAGCCAUACAGACAAGCGCCUGGUGGUCUCAACAAGGAACAGCUCGCAAUCUACGAAGAAUUCGCCCGUCAAUCGCGUGGCCCGGCGCCCUCUACUGAUGCAUCUGCCGGCCGUCAACUUCCCGAUGUUCUUGGAGAAUCAUACCCCGCCAUCCCCAAUCUCUCUACCCCAGCUGAACAACCAGCUGUUCCUCACAGAACGCCGCAGCUGCAACCCGCUGUCUCUCAACUCGCACCCGCGCACACCAAUGGCUUCCUUGAUGCCCAAAGCCCACGGGAACGAGUGGAAAGCUUCGUCUCCGACAUCCAGCAGUCCGCUCGUAACGCUCCUGAAGAGCAUGUGAAGGAUCUCGGCAGAGACAGCCCGGUCUUGCAAGAAUACAACCAGGCAUUGCGGGCCAUCAUUCAGUCCGCAAACCCUGAGGAGCUGGCACGACUGACCUCAUUGAAGGUCUGCACCCUUCUUUACUCUCAGUCACAUGGAUCUCUUGAAAUUGAAGUUCUGGUGCACCUUCUCGCCAAAUUGUGUGACAUGUCGUCACUUAUUGCUCGUUACACAUGGGCACUUCUCUCAGACGUUGAUGAUGAACACAUGUUUAACGUGCCGGUCACCGUUGCUCUCAUUGACGCUGGUCUACUCGACAUUCGUCGGGUUGACAUGAACAUCACUCGCCUGAUCAUGCAAAGGAACGUGUCCGCCCUCGAGCUGCUCGAUAACUUGAUGGACCGAGUUCUGUUCAACGAGGAACCUUCUGCUCUUCGGUCUGACUUCUCUGGUAGCUUGGAAGCUAUGAGCCAAUGGCUGGCAGAAGAUGCAACCGUUGUCCCUGGUGUUGACAUUGUGCGCAAGCUGCGCGAUUCUGGCAUCCCAGAGGUCGUCAACUCCCUCCUCGACGACCAAGCCAGAUCCAAGCGUGACCAGAUGGAGUACAUCUUCAGCGAGUGGAUUGGUAUCUACAAGGCCCCAGGUGCUACUGAUCGCACCUUCCACUCUUUCCUACAGGAUCUUCAUAGCCGCCAGGUUAUGAAUAGCCAGGAGGACUCUGCGUUGUUCUUCCGUCUCAGCAUCGACAUCUCAGUUGCCAUGUUUGAGCAUGAAGCCCAGAACCCCAACGGUCCCAACAUCGAUGAGGCUUUCCUCUACAUUGAUGCCCUCGCCAAGCUCGUCAUUCUUCUCGUCCGCUUCCAAGGCGAAACCCCUGGCGCUGUCAGAGCCAACAAGGCCACCUACUUUAACUCCAUCCUCUCUCUUCUGGUUUUGGUUCUCAACCACCACCAAGUCAUGAGAGGAGAAGCGUUCAAUCAACGUGUCUUCUUCCGUCUGUUCUCCAGCAUCCUCUGCGAGUACUCUAUGAACGGAUUGCAGCACACUGAGCAGCACCAAGGCAUGAUCUUUGCCCUUGCCAACAAGUUCCUGUCAUUCCAACCCCUUUACGUUCCCGGGUUUGUCUAUGGCUGGCUUUGCUUGGUUUCUCACCGGGUAUUCAUGUCAGACAUGUUGAAUAUGCCUGACCGCGCUGGAUGGGCACCUUACUGCGAGAUCAUGCAGGCACUCCUGUCCUACAUGGGCGAGCAGCUCAAGGCUGGCAACAUUACAUACGUCGCCAAGGACCUUUACAAGGGCGUUCUCCGCAUCCUGUUGAUUCUGCAUCACGACUUCCCCGAGUUCGUUGCCGAGAACCAUUUCCAGUUCUGCAAUGUCAUACCGGCUCAUUGCGCUCAGCUCCGCAACCUUGUUCUCAGCGCUUAUCCCUCUUCGUUCCAGAAGCUCCCCGACCCCUUCCGCGAGGGAUUGAAGGUUGAGCGCAUCGAAGAGAUGAGGGAAAUUCCCAAGAUCGCUGGUGAUGUCGCCGCACCGCUUCAGGUUGCCAACAUCAAGGACGUCGUUGAUGAUGUGCUUAAGAACGAAAGCAUUUCCGAGUCUGCCAUUCAGCAGCUUUGUGAUGCCAUCCUCAACCCUGAGCCCAAGGAGACCGGACUUUUCUUUGCCCCGGUCGAAGUUGAUGUUGUGUUGCUUAAUGCUCUUGUGCUGUACAUUGGACAACAAGCUGCAUUGGAGCACGCUUCAAAGAGCAACACCCGCAGCGCCUUUGAGAACUCGACCCACGCUGCGCUCCUGGAUAAGCUUGCCCAGGUGCUGCGACCCGAGUCUCGCUACUAUCUGCUGAGUGCGAUGGCCAACCAGCUCCGCUACCCCAACAGCCAUACCUACUUCUUCAGCUUCACUAUCCUCCGUUUGUUCGGCGUGGAAUACAAUGAGUCCGACGACUCUGAUGUUCGCCAACAAAUCAUCCGCGUGCUGUUGGAGCGAUUGAUUGUUCAUCGCCCGCACCCAUGGGGUCUUAUUAUCACCCUGCAAGAACUGCUUCAGAACCAGAGCUAUUCUUUCUUCCGCCUUCCCUUCAUCCAGGCGGCCCCCGAGAUCGGUCGUCUCUUUGAUGCCCUUCUCCAGCACAUCCAACAGCAGAGCCCUCGGCCCAUUGCCUAA